AUGGCAGUGAACGUAUAUUCAACAUCAGUCACCAGUGAUAACCUAAGUCGACAUGACAUGCUGGCCUGGAUCAAUGAGUCUCUGCAGCUGAAUCUGACGAAGAUCGAACAGUUGUGCUCAGGGGCUGCCUACUGUCAGUUUAUGGACAUGGUGUUCCCUGGCUCCAUUGCCUUGAAGAAAGUGAAAUUCCAGGCUAAGCUAGAACAUGAAUACAUCCAGAACUUCAAAAUACUACAAGCAGGUUUUAAGAGAAUGGGUGUUGACAAAAUGAUUCCUGUGGACAAAUUAGUAAAAGGAAAGUUUCAGGACAAUUUUGAAUUCGUUCAGUGGUUCAAGAAGUUUUUUGAUGCAAACUAUGAUGGUAAAGACUAUGACCCCGUAGCUGCCAGACAAGGUCAAGAAACUGCAGUGGCUCCCUCCCUUGUUGCUCCAGCUCUGAACAAACCGAAGAAACCUCUCAGCUCUAGCAGUGCAGCUCCACAGAGGCCCAUUGCAACUCACAGAACUACUGCAACCCCUAAGGCUGGCCCGGGUGUGGUGCGAAAGAAUCCUGGUGUGGGCAACAGGGAUGACGAAGCAGCUGAAUUGAUGCAGCAGGUCAACGUAUUGAAACUUACCGUCGAAGACUUGGAGAAAGAAAGAGAUUUCUACUUUGGAAAGCUAAGGAACAUUGAAUUGAUUUGCCAGGAGAACGAGGGGGAAAACAACCCAGUAUUGCAGAGGAUCGUGGACAUUCUGUAUGCCACAGAUGAAGGCUUUGUGAUACCUGAUGAAGGGGGCCCACAGGAGGAACAAGAAGAGUAUUAAUGGCCUGGACCAGCAGAGCAACAUCCGAAUUCUUCACUCCAAAUCAUGUGCUUAACUGUAAAAUACCCCCUUUUAUUAUUCUUAGAGGACUCACUGGUUUCUUUUCAUGAGCAAACAGUACCUCUUCUUAAAGUGCACUUUGCAGAAGUUUCACCCCUUUUCCAAUGAGUUUGAGUUAGGAGCUUUUACCCUGUAGCAGAGC